AUGAUGAACAACGAUGGUUUAAUAAAUGCACAUAAAAUGAAUAACUCGAGCAGUAUGAGUAAUAUGAACAGCAUGAACAGUGUUAACAAAGGAAAUAGCCUGAACAGUAGAAAUAGCAUGUAUCACCACCAUAACGCAAAUACAAGUAGUCUUAACCAUAGCAACUUUGCUCAUAACAACUCGUCAGUGGUACCGGGAAAUAAUAUGAAUCAUGGAAAUAUGCAAAAUAUUAUAAAUAACAAUAUAAACACUCAUGGUAUGGGCGUACACAAUAUGAAUAGCCAUGGCAUGGGUGUACACAAUAUGAACAGCCAUGGUAUGGGUGCUCAUAGUAUGAACGGCCAUAGUAUGAGUGGUCACAGUAUGAACAUUCACAGCAUGAACAAUAUUGCUGGCGGUGUUAAUGGCGUAAAUACCAUGGGAAACAUGGGCGGUGUUAGCAGUGUGCACAGCAUGAACAAUAUAAGCAGUGUUGGCGGUGUUGGCAAUGUUGGAGGUGUUGGCAAUGUUGGAGGUGUUGGCAAUGUUGGAGGUGUUAGCAGUGUUGGCGGUGUUAGCAGUGUUGGCGGUGUUAGCAGUGUUGGUAAUGUUGGAGGUGUUAGCAAUGUUGGAGGUGUUAGCAAUGUUGGAGGUGUUAGCAAUGUUGGCGGUGUUGGAGGCGUACACAGUAUGAACAGCAAAAGCUACAGUGAUAUACCCUCGAACGAUCAAAGUAACAACAACCUGACAGGUAACACUCAUUUGAAUAAUAUGGCACAUAUUCGUGGUGGUACAAAUGAAGAUGAGGAAAAGAAAAAGGUAUAUCAGUUAGUGUUUGAUUUAUGUUUCUCUGAAAAACGAGAAAAUGCAUUACUUGAGUUAUCAAGGAAAAGAGAAACAUAUCAUGAUAUCGCACCAGUAUUAUGGAAUUCUUUUGGUACUAUAACAACAUUAUUACAAGAGAUAGUGUCAAUAUAUCCACAGUUAUCACCGCCAUUAUUAACUACAUCAUCAUCUAAUAGAGUAUGUAAUUCAUUAGCAUUGCUACAGUGUGUCGCAUCCCAUCCAGAAACAAAACAACAUUUUUUGAAUGCACAUAUACCCUUAUUUCUUUAUCCAUUUCUAAACGCUGAGUCAAAAAAUAGACCAUUUGAAUAUUUGCGUUUAACAUCAUUAGGUGUAAUAGGUGCAUUAGUUAAAGUAGAUAACCCAGAUGUUAUUAAUUUUUUAUUACAAACAGAAAUUAUCCCUUUAUGUUUGCGAAUAAUGGAGACAGGAAAUGAGUUGUCAAAAACAGUAGCUACAUUUAUUGUUCAAAAAAUUCUUAUAGAUGAAGUUGGUUUAAAUUAUAUUUGUGCUACUCCUGAAAGAUUUUAUGCUGUAUCUACUGUUCUAUCAAAUAUGGUUAAUUCUUUAGUUGAUAAUCCGUCAUCAAGAUUACUGAAACACAUUGUGCGUUGUUAUUUAAGACUGUCUGAAAACCCUAGAGCGUUAGAAGCUUUAAAAUAUUGUUUACCUGAAUCACUUAGACAUAUUAAUAAAGCUUUUAUUCCUUGCUUAAAAGAAGAUCCAUAUACCAAAAAAUGGCUACUACAGCUGCUUUACAAUAUAAAUAGCCAUGAGGAGGGUACCACUAACGCCAGUGCUAAUAAUUUGAGCACACAAAGUGGUGGAAGUCAGACUGGGGGUAACCAUAAUGUUAGCAGUAACCAGGUUGGUAGUUACAUUGUUGGAAACCAUAAUGUAAAUGUUAACAUUGUUAACAGCUGCUUGUCGAAAAACAGUUACAACAAUUUGAACGUUGUUGCUUCUAAUAUGAAUGAAGGUAAUGCUGCACACAACAACGUUAGUAAUGUUGGUAUUAGCAGCGGUGCUAGUGGAGGUACUAACAGUAGUAGUAACAACACGUUUAAGGACAAAUUAAAUAGCAAAAGCGUAAUAAACUCAAACAGCAAUAAUGCUAUUAGUAAUGAAAACAAAGUUAGUAACAAUGUGUUAUCGAGUAGUACCACAAAUGACUCCUCAAAGGGCUCUCCAAAUGAUCUACCGAACAAUGUACUCAGUACUGCUCCAUGCAACAUUCCAAAUAAUGCUUCCGACAACAAUCCCAAGGCAAAUGCACCGAACACACAUGAUAAUAAUAUCAGUAAUAAUAGCAUCGCCAGCAGCACGAAUAGCAGCAAUAAUAGUAAUAAUGGUAAUAAGAAGAAUAAUAGCAAUAGUAACAACAGUAGCAAUAAUAGCAGUAUUAGCAGUAAUAACAGCAAUAUCAAUGAUAACAGCAAUAGCAAUGAUAACAGCAAUAGCAUUGAUAACAGUAAUAGCAAUGAUAACAAUGGCAGUCAUAACAAUGGCAGUCAUAACAAUGGAAGUAAUAACAGUAGCAGUAAUAACAAUGGCAGUAAUAACAAUAGCAGUAAUAACAAUGGCAGUAAUAACAAUAGCAGUAAUAACAAUAGCAGUAAUAACAAUAGCAGUAAUAACAAUAGCAGUAAUAACAAUAGCAGUAAUAACAAUAGCAGUCAUAGCAGUAAUAGCAAUAAUAACAUUAAUAAAAGUAAGCAGUAG